GUGCCGGCAUCGGAGAUUUUCGGUUGACCUCCGAUCCAGUCGGCAAAGUCAAAAUCUCGUAACAUUUCCACGCUCCGAAGACUCCAGUUUUCUGGUGCUUUUACAACACUUCGCGAGUGAAUUAGUUUAGCAAAACAUUCCCUCUUGGGUGCCCAGUUAUUUCCACAAGGAGUUUUAAAGUCAAUAACCAUGGCUCAGAAAGCUGAUAUUGCCCUGAUUGGUUUGGCCGUGAUGGGUCAGAAUUUGAUCCUCAAUAUGAAUGACCAUGGAUUUGUGGUCUGUGCUUUCAACAGGACCGUUGACAAGGUGCAGCAGUUCCUCAAUAAUGAGGCCAAAGGAACAAAGGUCAUCGGAGCCACUUCCCUCCAGGACAUGGUGUCCAAGCUCAAGACACCCCGCAAAGUGAUGCUCCUUGUAAAAGCUGGCAGUGCUGUAGAUGCCUUCAUCCAGCAAUUGGUGCCCCUUCUGUCACCAGGAGAUGUUAUCAUUGAUGGUGGGAAUUCUGAAUAUCAGGAUACAACGAGACGUUGUGAGGAAUUGGAGAAAAAGGGGCUUCUUUUUGUUGGCUCGGGAGUGAGUGGUGGCGAGGAAGGUGCUCGCAAUGGUCCAUCAUUGAUGCCUGGAGGUCAUGAGAAGGCUUGGCCUCUGAUUAAGGACAUCUUCCAGGCGAUCUGUGCCAAAGCUGAUGGGGAACCAUGUUGCGAUUGGGUGGGAGACGGAGGAGCUGGACAUUUUGUCAAGAUGGUUCACAAUGGGAUUGAGUAUGGAGACAUGCAGCUCAUCUGCGAAGCUUAUGAUCUGAUGAAAGCCCUGGGAAUGAGUCAAAAGGAGAUGGCUGAGGCAUUUGAUGAAUGGAAUCGUAGUGAAUUGGAUUCAUUUCUUAUUGAGAUCACUCGGGAUAUUCUCAAUUUCAAGGAUGACAAGGGGUAUUUGUUGGAGAGAAUUCGAGAUACUGCUGGUCAGAAGGGGACAGGAAAGUGGACAGCUGUGGCUGCUUUGAAUUAUGGGGUCCCGGUGACUUUGAUUGGCGAAGCAGUUUUCUCGAGAUGUCUGUCAGCCCUGAAGGAUGAGAGAGUUAAUGCCAGUCGCCACUUGAAGGGUCCUUCUGGAUCAGCAUCUGUUGGUGAUCGUGCUGAAUUUCUCAAGCACAUCAAGAAUGCUCUGUAUUGCUCCAAGAUUGUGUCAUAUACCCAGGGAUUUAUGUUGAUGCGCGAAGCUGCCCGGGAAUUCAAUUGGCGCCUCAAUUAUGGAGGAAUUGCUCUGAUGUGGCGUGGUGGAUGUAUUAUUCGCAGUGUCUUCCUGGGAAAUAUCAAGGAGGCCUUCACACGCAAUCCCAAUCUCACGAAUCUCCUUCUCGAUGACUUUUUCCGCAAGGAAGUUACUCGGUGCCAGGAUUCGUGGCGUCAGGUGGUGAGUAAAGCUGUUCUCUGGGGUGUUCCUGUGCCAGCUCUCUCAGCUGCCCUUGCCUUCUAUGAUGGCUACAGAUCUGAUCGUCUACCGGCAAACCUUCUGCAGGCCCAGAGGGAUUACUUUGGUGCCCACACUUACGAACUCCUUGGUCAGGAGGGAACAUUCCAUCAUACAAAUUGGACAGGAACUGGCGGAAAUGUUUCUGCCAGUACAUACCAGGCAUAAAAUGUCACAAUAAAUUGGGAGUAUUUGGAUACAAGGGGACACUAACUUAUUCCAGCGAAUCUUUGUGAUAACCCAUUGGCUAUUUUUGUACGCACUUUCCACAAAGUGGAUGCUUUUUUGGGAAAAAUAAAGUGGUUUUCAAAAGUU